CAAUAUGUGGUACAGCACACACACACACACACACACACACACACACACACACACUUUAUGUUUCAGGUCAACUUUUACUUUCAGUUCAGUGAUCUGAAGUUCGGGGUCACGGUUUUCUCCUGAAUUCGGAUGUUGUUUAUCACGUGCACAUUAAAGACUAAAGUGACAGUAACGUCAUCAUGGAACCACUGGUUAUUGAAGUGCUGGGAGUUCCUCAUCAUGAAUGGAUGGCUGAUCAGUUAAAAAUUCACUUCCUGAAGCGGAGGAAUAACGGUGGAGAUGUUUCAACCGUGAUUUAUCCAACGUCUACUCCAGGGCAGGCUUAUGUUGUUUUUGAAUCACCAGAAGUUCCUGGAGUCUUGGAGUGUUCUCAUCUUUUAGACGUUGGCAGCAGUUUUUAUCCGAUACACGUGAAGAAAGCUAAAUUUUCUGAGGUGGACAUGCCAGUUGAGACCACGCUGGACUUGAGUAUGUUCUCUGAUCAAGACUCUGUCGUCAAGCUCCUUGACUAUUAUGAUUUUAAGGUAAUACCAUAUGGUGCAGAUCACCUCCAGUUGAAGGGCUCCUUCUUGAAACUAAAGCUGAUACGCAAUGAACUCGUACAGCUUCGAAGUCGAUCCCAUAGUAAACGUUCAUCAGUUCUUCACAAAGGCUCUGCUUGGGAUCCCAAUUUUGGUUCCAAUUCCACAUCAAAGAAUAUUGAUAAAAUGGGUUGGCGUCCAGUUCCUGAUAGUGCACCAUUCUUAUCAUCCUCAUAUAGAGAUUCAACAUCUGAUGAACCUCCCAGAAGUCUUCAAAGCAGUUAUUUACCUUACACUGAAAGAAAUGUAAGCAGUUUUGUGGAUGCUUAUAGGUGGAGCCUCCUUGCUGAGGGUGCAUCAUCAUUAUCAGGAAAUUCUCCAUCUAGUCCUGCCCUGGUACACCACACAUCUCCACUGUAUAAAGAUUCAGCUUUGGUUAAGUCCCCCAGGAGUCUUCACAGCAGUUACUACUCCUCUAUUGGAAGUACAAGCCAUACAGUGGACACUAAUAUCCCAAACUAUCUGCUCACACAACAGCAACAGGUCACAGGCAAUGAAAUGUCUGCUCAUAGAAGAAGCCCCCUUGUGGACUUUGUUCCAUCGUCAUCAAAAAACUCUACAUCCUCGUCCAUCUUGCAAGGCCACACAUCAUAUGGACUUUCUGCCUCGGGUGGAUCACCAAGAAGCCGUCCAAGUGUUGAUGCUAAUACUUGGGACAGUUCCUCUCACAGCAGUCCUUCGUCAACCAGUGGAAGAAUGGAAACCUUUCCAGUGGAAACAGAUACCAUAAACUUUAUACUCACCCAGAAGCAGGAUGCUGUUAAGUGUAUUGAGAAGGACUUUGGUACUGAGAUGACGUUAACAGAUAAUACUGAGUAUACAACUGUCAAGUUUUCAGGAGCAAAUUGUGAAAAAGCAAAAUCAUAUCUUUUAGACACCAUUAAUGAGAUCAGCCCGACAUUACGCACCCAAGAAAUAUACCUGAAGAAAUUUGAUAAUGCUGAGCAAAAGCAGAUCCUUGAGAGAAUCCAACAUUGUAAAGACUCUGGUGUUUUGAUCACACAGAGCAAGGAUGUUUUAAAGCUAGUGGGUCCCUCAAAAGAAAGCUUUGAGGUCAAGCAAAAGAUACUGGGACAAGAUAACCCCCAUAGAGGAAGGACCAAGGAGAGGAGCCCAAAUUCCAGGAGCUCUUCUGUACCAAGACACUAUAAGCUGCAAGACCAUGAAUCAGAUAAAAGGAAAUCUCAGGACUUGGUUCAAGGUCAUAAACAGACUCCAGACAAGAAUUCCCAAAAAAAACGCAAUUCAGAGUUUCAAGAUGAAAACAAGACAUCCAAGGAACAAUCACUAAAUCCAGACCCAGAGCUAAUGUCAAGUCAACCAAAAAAGUCAAGAACAGACCAGGUCCUGGAUAAGCUAAAACGAUUAGAUCUAAAUCCUAAAAAAUUUAGAAAAAAAUAAAGAAAAAGUAAUUAUACAAUACAAACUAUCUGAUUCCUGAUUAUACAUGCAGCUAUAUAGCACAUUUUAGUGAUCAACAGUGUGUAUUUUAGGUGUUUCUUUUUUUAUAAUCAGUAUAUUUGUAAUGAUAAACAAAAAAUAGGUUACAUCAUAUGAACAAAAUAUUGAUUUGUUAUUAUAUCAGCACUAAUCAGAUUGAGUUUUCUGGAAUAAAAAUAACUACAGUCAUGAAAACUGAUCAACUUCUUUUUUCCCUGGCUGUAAGCCUAUUGUUUCUUCUUCUUCUUCUUUCGGCUUCUCCCAUUAGGGGGCGCCACAGCGGAUCCUCCGUCUCCAUUCAAUUAUUUAAAAUUAAUUAUCUAAUUAUAUGCCUUUUUUGUUCAAGGUUUCUUUAUGGGACAGAUGCAUAUUAUAUACAUAUACAGUGCAUGUUGGGUUCUGUGGUUUUUGUAGGGCCAUCAGCAGUAAUAGUGGAACUGGAAUCGCAGGAAUCGCUUGUGUAGCCAAAGAGAGGGAGGGUGGUCCUAUCUAUUAGUCUUGUGAUGGUUUAACAAGUUGUACUUAACCAGGACUAGCUAUGAAAGCAUCAUUAAAAGCGAGAGCCAGAAGGUAACAUGCACAUCAGGGCACCCUGAAAUAUAAAAUGGUUAUAUAAAACACCAUUAAAAUCCAAUACGAACAGUAACUGAACUGGAUGGUCUAACCCUGAGGUUACGUUGAUGUCCGUUACACAUCAUAUAAUGUUAUAUCAGUACAGAGAAUGCAUGGUGUGUUACAGUUUAUUGUUAUAAUUGCAUAUUAUAUCAUAAAGACAUUAUGACCAUAAAUGACGCUCACCAUGUAGACCUUAUCAAUGAUAAAGUUCACUGAAACUAUACUACAUUUCUCUCUUGGAAAUGCAUCAUGGGUUCAUUGAUCACGUCUUCAUAGCAACACUGUUCCUAAUCUCAUUUUAUCAUCACUUGUAGAAGAUUUUGAUAAUAACUGAUUACCCUCAACUACAAAUUUUAUACUAGGACUAUGACAAUGAUUCAUUAAACUCACAUGUGUGAUUAUAACCUAUAUUUUAACAUGGAUGAUAAGAAGCUAAUAAGAAAAAAGUAUUUGAAAAUGUGCUUUAUAAUUCUCACUGUCCAUGGGACAAUGGUGGACAAUGGACAAUGGACUACUCUUCAUAAUUUACCAUACAGUAAAUAUAAAGUCAGCAUUUACUUCUUUCACUGAUUAUUUAGAAUUAUAAUUUGUAAUGUAAAAAAAAAAAAAUAAAAGAUUUUUAACAAUAA